AUGGCGUCAAGAAAAGAGAAAGACAUGCGGCGACCCGAGCUAAUUGUCCCUUACCAAGAACCGGUCGCGAAGGGAGAAGGCGGCGAUUUCGGAUCGACUCUCUCGUCGACCCUGCCCAUGGCGGCUAUCUUCAUGCGCAACAAAUACAUCGGAUGGGCGGCCGUUGUCUUUAGCGUUCAGAGCUGGCUGGGCGAGAGCGAGGAGUCGCAGAAGAGCUCUGGCACACCCGGUUACUUCUCUGUCGGCAUGUCAUUGAUGUCUCUCAUGGUCACAUACCUCCCCCUCUUCCUUCCGCAGCAACCGAACCUGCAAAGAGGCAGUGUGACAGGCGCCGCCGCCGCCGCC